AUGGCGGUAAUUGUGGUGACUUUCUUUGUAACGACUGCAGUCGUUGUUUUUGGCGUACUUUCAUUCCAGAUCCUUCCAAGGCUAUUUCCAAAGCUCAAGACCUUCUUGCCGUCGCAAGCUGUUAUAAGCUACUUCCAGCUUGUGCCAAUCAGCGUUAUUUUUCCGACUUUGUUAUGGUUGUUCUUCAGUGUUUAUCUUCACGCUCAUGUCCCCGAUCAGCCGUACUCUUCGUUGCUAGGGUGGGUACACAUCUUCAUCACCAACUACAUGAUGGCGAACGCUGUUUUUAACUACUACAUGACCGUCUUCACGUGCCCGGGAUAUCCACAACGCCAGGAUGAGUUCACCCGAGACAGACUUUUCGUGAAAACGUAUCAAAUGUGUAUCAAAUGUAAGCGUGUACGAAAUGCAGGAACACACCACUGUAGCUGGUGCCAUACGUGUGUGGAAAUGAUGUGUCACCAUUGUCCUUUCACCAACAACUGCAUUGGGCGCAGAAAUUACGUUUACUACUACACAUUCCUGACAUAUGCCUUCUUCGGACUGUUAUAUGCAUGUUACCUCGCCUACUUCCCAUUCGUAAAUUGCAUGUCCGGCCUUGUAGUUCGCAAAAUUCAAGAAACCAUGUCUUUUCUGCCCCAACUGAGCGCUCUCCGCGAGGCAGGGAUAGUUCGCUUUAAUAUGUACGAAGAUUUAACUGUUCCUGAAGGCUGCCAGUUUGUGCAGGAGUAUGCUGUACUCUUUGCUCCCUGUGUAGGAAUCACUUGCUUCAUGGGGCUUUUGUUUGGUUUUCAAACGUUCCUUCUUCUUGCUGAUAUGUCCAUUGUUGAUUUCUAUGAAAGCCUCUCCAAUGCCACCUCUUUGCAGGAGCUUCUCCGAAUCUUUCACGUCAGCAUAUUCAAAAGAAAGAAGUUUCGCUUUAAGAACUUAGUCCUUGGGAAGAAGAGUCAUGCGUGGAUGUUUUUUGUACCUUUCCCCAAUAAUGUGGAGAGUGAUUUGCCAUUGAAGGACUUGUGA